CGCGUAUGCUUGCGCGAGUCACUCUGUAACUCAAUCAGGUUGUAGAGCUGGUAAAGCGAGAAGACACACGCGCUCCAGAGGAGAGGAGGAGGAGGUGGAGAGAGUGAGAGAGAGAGAGAGAGAGAGAGAGACGGAGGUUUGGAGACAGCCGAGGUGUCUACGGCGCGGGUGGACUCAGUUCAGGGGUGGACUAUGUGGCAUGAGUGUCAUUGCAUCACGUAAUAUCGUGCUAGUGAAAACAAGCAGGGCCGUUUGACAGAAAGAGGAGAGAAGGAAGCGUUCAGUAUCGGCAGGGGAUGAUGAGGAGGAGGAGGAUGCAGCCAUAACGAGGGACCAACGCGAUAAGAACAGGGUAACACAGAGGGGAUUCACUGAGCCAUGCAGAGAGAAGGACUACCAAGAGAGGAGAAAUUGCACUGCAUCACUUCCAGCGGACGACAGCGGAGCACACACGUACUUCUGUCACAUGAGCUUACCGUCUUGUGAACAGACAACCGAGACGGAGAAAAAGAGCGCAUUCGUGUCUCUGGUUUUCACUGAUGGACAAGUGGGCAUCGGGGCUAUGCUGGAGCUUCGGCCCCUGCUGUCCAUCCCGUCUCCCCCCUGCUGAAGCUCCCGGGACAGCCCUGGAGCACAGAGGGUGAGAGAGACGGCCUCAUGCAGGCACGCAAGAAGUACGUGCUUCUGGGCCUGUGCAUGUGCUGCUGGCUGUUGCUCUAUUACUGGGGCGGCUUGCAGGAACGGCUCCUGGGUCUCAUCACCCACAGGAGGGGGGAGGUAGCGCGGCCCUGGCCCAACUGGUUGGAUCGGGACCUGCUCCCGGGUUACGCCGACCAGGCCGAGCUACAAAAUGCUGGGGGUCCGGGUGACUCGCCAAGGCAGCGCCGGCAGUCGUGGGCCGGAAUCUACAAGAACAGUCACUGCAGGAUGGACACCUGCUUUGACUUCGCCCGAUGUCAAGGGCAGAGUGGCUUUCGGGUCUACAUCUAUCCGCCGGAGAAGGGCGAACGGGUGUCUGAGAGUUACCGCAAGAUCCUCACCUCGGUCGCGGACUCACGGUAUUUCACGUCGGACCCUCGAGAGGCAUGUUUGUUCGUGCUGGGAAUCGACACGCUGGACAGGGACCAGCUAUCGAUGCAGUUUGUGCCCAACAUGGACGAGCGAAUUCGAGGUUACCCGCUCUGGAAUGACGGGCGGAACCAUGUCAUCUUCAACCUUUAUUCCGGAACCUGGCCCAACUACACCGAGGACUUGGGUUUUAACGUGGGCCAGGCUAUCCUGGCCAAAGCAAGCCUGAAUACGGAACACUUCCGACCGGGCUUUGACAUUUCCAUCCCUUUGUUCUCUAAAGAACACCCUCAGAAGGGUGGAGAGAGGGGCUGGUUAGUUCGCAACACCGUCCCGCCAAGACGGAAGUACUUGUUGAUGUUUAAAGGUAAACGUUACUUGACGGGCAUCGGCUCAGACACUCGCAACGCUUUGCAUCACAUCCACAAUGGCAAGGACAUCGUCUCACUAACGACGUGCCGCCACGGCAAGGACUGGGAGAAGCACAAAGACGCGCGGUGUGACCAUGAUAACCAGGAGUAUGAGAGAUUUGACUAUCAAGAGCUGCUCCACAACUCCACCUUCUGUCUUGUUCCCCGCGGUCGGCGCUUGGGGUCGUUCCGUUUCCUGGAGUCUUUGCAGGCCGCUUGUAUCCCGGUGUUACUCAGUAAUGGCUGGGAGUUACCUUUCUCUGAUGUCAUCCAGUGGAACCAGGCAGUCAUCGAGGGCGACGAGAGACUGUUACUACAGGUACCUUCCACUGUGCGGGCUGUGGACAUUACCAGGGUGCUGGCUCUCAGACAGCGUACACAGAUGCUCUGGGAAGCCUACUUCUCCUCCGUGGAUAAGAUUGUACUCACCACACUGGAGAUCAUAAAGGACAGAGUGUACUCGCACAUCUCCAGAAAUAAGUUCAUGUGGAAUGCCUUACCUGGAGGGCUCCUGGUUCUGCCCGAGUACUCAACGCACUUGGCACACUACCCCUUCUAUUACUUAAACCUCGGAAUCAGUCCAGGUCAGGAGUUCACUGCUGUAAUUCACGCCACCUCACCUCUGGUCUCCCAGUCUCAGCCAAUCAUGAAGCUUCUUCAGGUCGUCUCCAAAUCAAAAUACUGCUCACAGAUCAUCAUCCUGUGGAACAGUGAGAAGCCGCCCCCUCACCGGAGUAAAUGGCCGCCUAUGCCAGUGCCCCUUCUCAUCACAGAUGGCAGAAGGAAAACGAGCAGCCGUUUCCUGCCUCAUGCAGCUAUUGAGACGGAGGCCGUUUUGAGCCUCGAUGAAGACACAGUGCUGUUGACCAGCGAGAUCAAUUUUGCUUUCCAUGUGUGGCGAAGUUUCCCCGAGAGGAUUGUUGGCUACCCUCCCAGAAGCCAUUUCUGGGAUCCUGUAAAGAAAGCCUGGGGUUACACCUCUAAAUGGACCAACGAGUACUCCAUCGUCCUCACCGGAGCGGCGUUUUAUCACAGGUACUACCAUCACCUGUUCUCUCACUACCUGCCAUCCUCUCUGCGUGCGCUAGUGGAUCACACCUCUAACUGUGAGGAUAUCCUGAUGAAUUUCCUGGUCUCCUCUGUGACACACCUGCCACCGAUUAAAGUAGCGCAGAGGAAGCAGUACAAAGAGAUGCCCACCCUGCAGGUGAGCAACUGUGCCUAA